AUGCCUCCCCAGAACUCCCGGAAUGGAGAAACCUUCUCGCCACUCGGUAACGGUGGUAUUAGGCGCACCACAUUUACCAGCGUCGACGGCACGCACACGACGAGCUGGACGAUAUCGUCUGGUCCCAUGUUUGGAAAUCGACGUCCCGGUGACGACGAGACCCCGCCGUUUACUCAUGUUUUCCGAACUAUCCUCGCCGGGCCUGGACUUCGUCCACCCCAUGCGCCCGAGGGGACUGAAGGUAUUGACCGCGCGGAGGGUGUGGGUGGCGCGGAAGGGGAAAGGAAUGCCCGGGAUCCGGCCGGAGAGUUGCUCAUCAGCCUUCAAAAUCUACUCGGACUAAUUGUUGAUCCGGCAAAUGCUCGCCACGGAGAUGCCGUUUACACGCAAGAGGCGCUCGAUCGAAUCAUCUCAAACCUCAUGGAAGCCAAUCCCCAGUCAAAUGCGGCGCCGCCCGCCUCUGACGCUGCGCUUGAGGGCCUGGAACGUAAGAAGAUGGAUGCCGAGAUGCUCGCGCAAGCAGGCGGCAACGUCGAGUGCACGGUCUGUAUCGACGAGAUCAAAAUAGGGGAUGAGGUGAUUUACCUUCCUUGCAAGCAUUGCCACGUACCGGCUCAAACCGAUUUCGAACUCCGGAUGCCGGGAGCCAACCCCGCGGCAGGCGCUGGCCAAACGCAGGGUCUCGGCGAACCUCGAUGUCUCCCCUAA